AACAUGAUUAUAUGAUUUCUAUCACUCCUUUGCAAUAUUUAACGUAAGUUUUGUAUGAGUUUCUAUUUUAGUUGGAGGUGGUUGGCCGGUGGAGCAGCCAAGCCCCAAUAUGAGCUCGAGUGCUCCAUGGACUUAUGUGGCUAUGCCGAUUUAUUAAUUUUCUACGAAAAGAACUUCCAUCCUCCACAAUAACACACAUGGAUUCUCAUUACUAUCAUCUCUUCCUCCUCCUCUCAAUAUGCUUCCUCCUUGAACUUCCUCGUAUCGAAUCGAGCGUCAUAACGUGCCCGCCUUUGUCCUGCUCCGUCGACUCCCAGCCGGUGCACUUCCCCUUCCGCCUGAUGACCAGCCGCCUCGGCCAAGGACCACGGUGCGGCUUCCCCGCUUUUGGACUCUCUUGCAACAACCAAAGCCAGACACUCCUCAACCUCCCUGGCUCUGGCGACUUCUCUGUCCAGCACAUCGACUACAAGGCCCAGACGGUCUGGCUGAACGACCCCUAUGGCUGCCUCCCCGGACGGCUCCUCAACUUCAGCCUCUCCGGCUCCCCGUUAAGGGAAGCCCAUGCUCCCCGGAGCUUCACCUUUCUCAAUUGCUCCUCCUUGCCAAAUGGCGCCAUUUCUCCGCCGGUGAGACCAGUGCCUUGCCGAGAGGGGCAGAACUACACGGUUGUGUAUGCCCUGACCAGCAGGAUUCAUAACUGGUCCUACAUGGGGGGGUGCGAGGAACUGGGGACAGUCAUGGUUCCGGUCCCACUGGAGUCUGGUUCGGAUCUUGGCGAGGGUGUUCUUCUGAAGUGGGACACGCCCAACUGCAAGUCCUGCCUGGCUCGUGGAGGUGUUUGCGGGCGGAAGAGCGGAUCUAACUUGGAGAUCGGAUGCACCAAUAUCAAGAGCCAAGGUAAUUUAAUAGGUCUUCCAAGAAGCGCCAAGUAUGGCAUCAUCAUAGGCGUGGGCAUACCGGGAUUACUGUGUCUCAUCGGGUUUGCGUGCUACAUUGGAGGCAGAGUUAGUGCCUAUGCCCGAUGGCACCAGCGUGCAGAUUAUCCAGACCACUCUGCCCCAGUGGCUCGACCGCUAGAGCUCCAUUCCACUCGGGGUUUGGAUGGGCCGACAAUAGAGUCGUACCCAAAGACUCUUCUUGGAGAGAGCCGGCGGCUACCCAAGCCCAAUGAUAACACAUGCCCGAUAUGCCUGAGCGAGUAUCGGUCCAAGGAGACACUGAGGACUAUUCCGGAGUGCAGCCACUACUUCCAUGCCGACUGCAUCGACCAAUGGCUCAAAAUGAACUCGACCUGCCCGCUUUGUCGAAAUUCACCCUGUGCAUCUGCUGCGAUGACACCUUCUGAAUCUACUUCUACAUCGACAUCAUCAUCCUCGCGGUUGAUGGUUUAAUUAGGCGGAUUAAUCAUACAUAUGAUUUGUAUAUACUGAGUAUUUUGGUUGAGCUGGUUGAGGAAGGAUUAUGUUUCAUUAUAUGUAAUCUUUCGGAUAAAUUUCAUCAUAUAUAUUUUUUCGAUUAUAAAAAAUAUUCACGAGACACUUAUUUUUA